AUGGACACAGAAAAGGCGGCGGAUGGACACGUCCCGGGCCUCAAUUCAGUCGAGGCUUUCAACGAGCGAGCUACGACUGAAUUCCCUCAUGGCAUGCGUCUUGUCCUGAUCAUGAUCUCACUUAUGCUCAGUAUCUUCUUGGUAUCUUUAGAUAAUACUAUCCUCGCCACUGCCAUUCCCAAAAUCACAGACGAGUUCCACGGUCUCGACAAGGUAGCAUGGUAUAGCUCAGCAUACUUCAUGACCUUUGGAGGGUUCCAGUCAACGUGGGGCAAGUUCUACAAGUACUUCUCACUGAAGAUAUAUUUCAUCGUUGCCAUAGCCCUCUUUGAGCUUGGCAGCUUGAUAUGCGCCGUUUCGCCGAACUCGACAGCUUUGAUUGUUGGACGCGCAAUUGCAGGCCUCGGUGGUGCUGGUAUUGGAUCAGGCGCAUUUACCAUCAUUGGAUUUAUUGCAGAGCCGCAGAAGCGGCCUGCAUUGAUCGGGUUCACCGGGGCGACAUAUGGAAUCGCUGCUGUGCUGGGCCCUCUUAUCGGUGGGGCCUUCUCCGACAGGGUCACCUGGCGAUGGUGCUUCUAUAUCAACUUACCAAUCGGUGGCUUGGCUACUGCGAUUGUUCUGAUCUAUCUUCGGAUCCCAAGUGAAGCAAAGCCAGCUGAGGCUAGCUGGAAAGAGAAGUUUCUACAGAUGGACUUUCUUGGAGCAGUUCUCGUCAUGUGCUUGAUAAUCUCAUUUAUCCUGGCACUCCAAUAUGGUGGACAGACCAAAGCUUGGGAUAGCAGCGUUGUAAUUGGUUUACUCGUGGGCUCUUUCGCUAUCUUUGUUACCUGUGUCACUUGGGAGAUAUAUCAGGGCGAGCGUGCCAUGGUAGUCUUACGGAUAUUCAAGAAGCGCGAGGUCUGGGUCAGUUGUAUCUUUCAGUUCUUCUUUGCUGGUACCUACUUCGUUGUCCUCUUCUACCUCCCGAUAUAUUUUCAGAGCGUCUUCGACGUUAGCCCUAUUGGAUCGGGCGUACGCAACCUGCCCUUCAUCAUUCUGCUCACGAUUGCGGUCAUUCUCCAAGGCGCUGUAUUAACCAAAAUCGGCUAUUUCACUCCGAUCAUGGCUAUCGGAGCGGGGCUUACAGCAAUUGGCUGUGGCCUGUUUUAUAUGCUCGAAGUCGACACUUCAGUCGGAAAGUGGGUUGGAUAUCAGAUCUUCACCGGCUUUGUUAUAGGAAUAACAUUCCAGAACACCCUCACAGUAGUUCAAAGCACCUCCACGCCGGAGGACAUGUCGUCCUCUACCGCCAUGAUCUUUUUCUUCCAAAUGAUUGGUGGUGCGUUCCUCCUUUCAGCAGCGCAGUCAGCCUUCAACAACACGAUAAUAAGUACCGCGGCCUCCACGGCUCCUGGGAUUAAUCCUGCGCUACUCCUGGCAACCGGCGCCACUCAGAUUCGCACGGCUUUCACACCUGCACAAGUUCCAGGUGUCAUUGCUGCGUAUAUGGCAGGUCUUAAAGUCGUCUUCGCGAUUACGAUUGGAGCUUCUGGCUUCGCUUCUCUAUUCAGCCUGUGCGGAAGCUGGAAGAAACUCCAUGCAGAGGAUAUGAAAGAUGCUGGCGGGGCUGCUUAA